CGCAUUUAAAACAAGGACGAUAAACCUCGACACCUUUUUGUAGCACGCUAUGAGAGUUAUUUUUUUCUUUGUAUUUUCAGCUAUAUUAUUAGGCGUUUCAGGAAGAUGUAGAUUUCAGGAAUAUGGAUAUUAUUACGAUUACGAUGAUGGAUUGUAUAAGAAAGGUAUACACUACAACUAUGUUUACUGCAGCGGCUACUGUAACUAUGAAAGCAAUUCCUGCGACUAUGUUUACCACGUUUCAAGCAGUGUGAGUGUUGGAGCCAUUAUUGGUGCAGUCGUCGGUGGUUUAGCUGGCCUGGCAAUACUGGUCGCAAUUUGUGUAGUGGUGGCUUGUGUUUGUGCUAGGCAACGUAGAAGUCCUGGUCAAGUUAUCUAUACCAGUCAUCCUGGAAACACAACGGUCGCAUACAACAAUACUACAACGCAGUAUCCAGUCGGAGUUCAACAGCCUGUGUAUACAGUUUCUACAAUGAAUGAAAACAUCACCAAACCCCAGUAAAAGAAUUGGCAUAAAAUGAGCAAAUAAAUCGAAGACUUCUUCUCCUAAAAAUAUGCAAACUAUAAAUCACCUGUUUUACACAAGUUAUUAAUAUAUACCCUAUUAAAAUUAUUUGUUGUUUAAGCAGUCUGCCUUUCGAAAAACUAAUAUUUAAAAUAGCUAUCAGAUUCUGCUGAAAGGUCUCUGAAAUUUUGUUUUUUGUGUAUAUAUAGCGAUCAUUAUUUAAGGUUGUUUUCCAAUACUACUCGGUAUUCCUGCUGAUCAUUGUUAUAAAAAUUUACCUUUUAUUACAAUAUAAAUAUCUACUAGAUUUAUUUUGAAAUACUUUCGAGGAUGGACAAAGGCUGUCCAAAAGCAUAAAUUGUAUCAAAAACAUCCUGUUUUUUUAAGCAUGUUUCAAAUUUUCAAUCUACAUUUUUAUUUAUCAAUUGAGAAGAGUCUUUUUUAUCGGGUAUUAUGAUAAGGUUUUUUAUUGUCCUUUAUUGACCUCGUGAUCACAUGGCGGCGAAUUACCAGUUUUCUUACUGUUGCACUAAAAUGGCACCAGUCAAAUGAUUAACGAAUUGAUUAUGAUUGUUUUAUUAUAUAAAUUAAAUUUUAAAUUUUAUUUUGCUUAUAAAAAGGUGCUGGAGGGUUGUUAAUUCUGAAUUUUAUUUGCCAUAAUAAUAUCUACAUUUACAUAUGCAUUCAUAAAUUCAUGUAGUAACUAUAUAUAUUUCCUUACACGUUUACAAACCUUAGGGGAAUUACACAUUUUAUUGCCAUUUAUACAAAAUAUAUUUAAAACCGUUUAAAACCAAUGCGGACGAAAUACAGUAUAGAAGAGUGAAAACUACAAUCAACUAAUUAACUCAAGUGGCAAAGCACAUACAAUGUUAUGCCUUUUUAAAAUUAAUUUUACAAAGCUCAUCAAAAGAAAUAAUGCUCACAUGCUUUUAAACAGAGGUAAAUAAUAACAUUUUAAAGCUUUCAGCUUAAAUUAAGCAUUUAUCUCAUAAAAGAGAACCAAUUAGCCAACCCUGAAUUUACUGCUUUUGAUAAGGAAUUUGAUUUUGACUUCAUUUCAAUAAUAAAGAAGUAAUUUGAU